AUGAAUUUUAAAAUUCACUGCCUCUUACUUAUCCUCACUUUGUGCGUGCGAGAGGGUUUGACGGAGGAAUAUGAAGCACACCUUGGAGCUAAGACAGUCCUCUUACAGAGAGUGAAGCGUCAGAGCAAACCAGCAAAGCCAGUGCUGAAGGUGACAGACUACUAUGUGAGGUGCUCGGUGGUGUCCCGCUAUGCCCUCACCACGGUCCAGAGCUCAGUGUGGAACCAGCUCCCCAUCAUCAAGGAGGCUGCUUUUGAAGUGGACCUGCCCUCCUCUGCGUUCAUCUCCAACUUCACUAUCACCUCCAAUGGCAAGGUAUAUGUGGCCCAGGUGAAGGAAAGAGCUGCUGCCAGGAAAAUUUAUGAUGCUGCUAAGAAGCAAGGAAAAACAGCCGGCCUCGUUGCUACCAAAGAGAGGGAGAUCGAGAAGUUUCGUGUGGCAGUGAGUGUGCCAUCUGGAGCACGAGUGUCCUUCUCACUGUCCUAUGAGGAGCUGUUACCUCGUAGACUCGGCCGCUAUGAGCUCAGUUUGGGUCUGAGGCCAGGACAGCCUGUCCAGAACCUCACAUUAGAUGUCAGUAUUGCAGAGAGGACGGGCAUCAGUUUCAUCAAGGUCCUUCCGCUGAAGACAAGCCGAUUGCUUUCCAACACUGUCCAAGGUGAUGGGGAGGCACCUGCCUCUAUUCAUAUAGAGAGGAGUGCCGGCUGUGCCCGAGUUCGCUACACUCCCACAGUACAGCAGCAAAACAGUGUCUCUUCCAAAGGCCUCAAUGCCGACUUCAUCAUUCAGUAUGAUGUGGACCUCAAAGACCUCAUGGGUGAUGUGCAGGUGUUUGAUGGCUACUUUGUGCAUUACUUUGCACCCAGAGGGCUUCCUGUGGUUCCCAAAGAUGUCAUUUUUGUCAUUGAUGUCAGUGGCUCCAUGAUAGGCACCAAGAUAAAACAGACAAAGCAAGCCAUGGGCACCAUCCUGGGCGAUCUUAGAGAGGGAGACCACUUCAAUAUCAUUACCUUCUCAGACAAGGUUCACACUUGGAAGAAAGGACGAACAGUGCGGGCAACGCGGCAGAAUGUACGAGAUGCCAAAGACUUUGUCAAGAGGAUUAUUGCUGAAGGAUGGACCAAUAUCAAUGCAGCUCUGCUCUCAGCUGCCCAGCUUGUCAACACCUCUCCCCUGGGCUCCUCCGGCCAGACCUCCUCUCGUCGUGUCCCACUGGUAAUUUUCCUCACUGAUGGAGAGGCAACCAUUGGAGUAACAGCUAGUGAAACCAUUCUCAGUAACGCCAAAAACGCUUUAGGUUCUGCCUCUCUGUUUGGCCUUGCCUUUGGGGACGAUGCAGACUUCCCUCUUCUGAAACGCCUGGCCCUAGAUAACCGAGGUGUAGCUAGAAUGGUGUAUGAAGAUGCAGAUGCGGCCUUGCAGCUGAAGGGCUUCUACGAUGAAGUAGCCAGCCCCUUGCUAUCGGACAUCCAGCUGGCCUACUUGGAUGAUCAGGCGUUUGAUGUCACCCGCUCCCUUUUCCCCAACUAUUUCCAAGGCUCUGAGUUGGUCGUGACUGGGAGGGUUAAACCAGGGAUCAAGGAUUUAAAAAUAUCAAUGAGCGCCGUUGAUUCAAAGCAGAGGAUGAAGGUGCAGAGUAAUGUGCUGAUUCCCAAAGCAAAGGGAAAUGGGACUAAUUCACUAAGCUGUUCGGGAGGGAUGGAGGGGAUCUCCAGCUUUGUGCGUCGUCUCUGGGCAUAUUUGACCAUCAAAGAACUGCUGCUGGCCAAACUGAACACUACUGACCCUGCGGCUCAGAGGUUACUAACAGACAAAGCCACCAACCUCUCCCUGAAAUAUAACUUUGUCACACCUGUUACUUCUUUAGUGGUGGUUAAACCAGAUGCAGAUGAAGGAGCUCAACCUCCAACUACUAUAUCCACUACUACCACUGCAAAACCCAUCACCUCAGCUAGUACUGCCACUACUACAACCACCACAAUGGCUACUACGGCUAACAAAAUUGUAGCAGCAAAGAAACCCAGCUCACCUUCUAACCCCAGGCCUAACAAAACAAAACCAGACCCUCCAUCUGUUAUGCCUCCUCCCCCUCAGCCACCCUCCGGCCAUCCCACAAACACCCCGCAACCUAAGAAGACAUCAGCAACACCUACAAAAGCAAAAUCUGUGGCUCCACCAUCUAUCAAGAAAACCACUACCACUUCUAGUCCCAGUUCAGCCAAAACUGCCCCAGCACCUCUGUCUGGUAAAAUGCCCACUCCGUCACCAAAUGCUUCCAAAACAGCCUCUAUAUUUCCUGCUGGGAAGAUAAACACCUCGCUGCUUAACUCUCUGAAAACCGCCCCGCCACCUGCACCUGGAAAAGUUUCUACCCCCCAACCUAAUGUCAUUAAAACAAUCCCUCCCUCGACGAUGAGAACUUCUGCCACACUGACAAUGUCAUCUACCACUCCUCCAGUCAGAACCGAACCUGGACCCGUGCCUGGGAAGCCCCUGAUCCCGCAGCCCAGCACAGUGAGGACAGCUCUCCCUCCUGUCAGAGUUAACCUUCCCUCCUCAGAGUUGGAGAACAGCACCACAUCUGCCACAGAUGUCCGUCAGCCUGAAAUCACCACUACUCUGCCUGGGCUGUUGUCCCCCGUCUCCUCUCCCACACCGGCUCCAGCUCCUUCUGUAGAAGACAACAGCACAAACUUGGACAUAGACACAGACAUCAGCAUAGCCACCUUGGUGUCAGCUACCUUUGCCCCCAUGCCCGGUGUAACAGAUGGACCAAAACUGUGGGAGGCAGCAGGGCUUCUGGAUGUCUCUACCUCCAUUCAGAUUCAGCGAAAAGAUAUUGACCUCGUGAAAGACUAUGAUGCAACCUAUGACUACGACUACGAUCUCAACUAUGACACCUGGGGGGAUGAUACACCAGACACAGGAUCAUUUGUGCUUGGGAGUGAGGAGGACUGUCCUUUAGUUGAAUGUCUUGUCCUUUUAGAACCACCAUCCAGACUGAGCUCUGUCAGGGUUUUCUCCUCAUCAGUUGAUGGAGAUCCUCAUUUUGUGGUCCAGCUGCCAAAGCUACGUCAGAACCUGUGUUUCACAGUCGAUGGCAGGGCCAAUGAUGUUCUUAGGCUGUUGGAGGAUCCAGAGAGAGGGAUCAUUGUGGAUGGCCACCUGAUGGGCGCUCCUUCCAAGCAUGGUGUGGAAGACCGUUCCCGUACCUACUUCGACCAGCUCACCAUCACCUAUGCCAUGGGUGGGUCUUCUGGCAUUAUGAUCACACUCUCAUUAGACACUGUAGUGGUUGAAGGUGAGGGACGGGACAUCCUUCCCGUGAAUCAGCAAGGAUCUGUGGCAAGGCAGGGUGUGAGGGUGGCUGUGGACAACCAUCGGAACUGUUGGAUCGAGUUGGCGAAGGGCGUGCGUUUCCUGGUUCUAUUCCAUCACUACAGACAUCCCAGCUACCUGCAGAUGGCUCACCUGGGUUUCUACAUCACAGAUGGACAGGGGCUCUCUGCCUCCACCCAAGGUCUACUAGGCCAGUUUCAGCACGUUGGCAUGAGUGUGACUGUGGUGAAGGAUGUGGACGGAGGUGCUCACCGAGUCACCAAGGAAGGAAUUCUUGCCAGAGGGAUGCUCAGGUGGGGUUCAAAGCACAUGCCUGUCACCUUGCAAGACAAGACCCUGAAAGACACGGUGCGGAAACGCCACCUUGGCAAGUGCUGGGUGGUGCCCAAGGCAGAGGUAGAGAGACUGCUUGGUCAUCCAUACCAGAGCUAUGUGGUGGAUCAUGUGUAA